AUGGCGGAGAAACCGAGCCCCACUGUGUCCGAAAGUGCGUCGCAGGAGUCCAUCUCCGACACGUUCCCGUCUAAGCAGCGCUACAAGGAAGGCGAUGCCUAUGUUGGCGGCGGUGCGGUUGAGCUGUAUGAGCCCAUAGCCGAGUAUGAAGGGAGACAUCGGUAUGAUCCCUCUGCGGAGUGGACGGAGAGUGAAGAGAAGAAGCUCGUUAAAAGACUCGACUACAGAAUCUGCUCCUGGGUCUGCCUCAUGUUCUUCGCCCUGCAACUCGACCGCGGCAACAUCUCGCAAGCCCUAAGCGACGGCAUGCUCGACGACCUCGGCCUCUCCACAAACCAAUACAACUACGGCAUGAUGAUCUUCUACCUGUGCUUCCUCUCUGCCGAAGUCCCCUCGCAGAUGGUAUCCAAGAAACUCGGGCCUGACGUCUGGAUCCCCAUCCAGAUGGUCACCUGGAGCGUCAUCGGAAUCCUGCAGUGCCUCAUCACCGGCCAGAAGAGCUUCUACGCGACGCGCGCAUUACUCGGACUCGUCGAGGGCGGCUUCAUCCCGGACGCGCUGUUGUAUCUUUCGUACUUUUACACGAAUCGCGAGUUGCCGAUGCGGGUUGCGCUGUUUUACUGCUCGUCGCAUUUCACGUUUAUCGUUGCGGCGUUUCUGGCGUUUGGGAUCUUGCACAUGAGGGACAUUGGAGGGUGGGAAGGGUGGAGGUGGUUGUUUGCGCUGGAGGGAGCCCUGACGGCGAUUAUCGGUGUGAUUUCGUGGUUCUACCUCCCUCCUAGUCCCACGCAGACGGCGAGUUGGUUCCGCGGGAGGGAUGGGUGGUUCUCGGAGCGUGAGGAGGUCAUCAUGGUGAAUCGUGUGCUGCGCGAUGAUCCGGGCAAGGGAGGAAUGCACAACCGCCAAGGCCUAACCCUCAAGCUCCUCUGGGCCUCGCUAACCGACUGGGACCUCUGGCCUCUCUACGCCAUCGGUUUCACCCUGCUCAUCCCGACAAACCCCGUCUCCGCAUACCUGACUCUCAACCUCAAGAGUCUCGGCUUCGACACCUUUGAGACAAACCUCCUCACGAUCCCCGCCUAUGUUCUCUUCCUGAUCCAACUCGUCUUCUGGUCGUGGUUCUCUGAGCGCGUCAACAACCGCAUGGGCGUUGUCCUGUUUUACUCGUUCUGGUGUCUCCCGCUGCUUUUGGCGCUCGAGUUGCUGCCAUCGUCGGCGAGUGCGUGGAGCCGGUAUGCGGUUACGGUCAUGCUGAUUGGGUUUCCCUAUAUUCAUUCGAUCAACGUGAGUCUCACCUCUCGAAACGCCGGUACAGUCCGGACACGAACCGUCGGCGCAGCGGUCUACAAUAUGAUCUGCCAAGCGAGUUCAAUCAUCGCCUCGAAUAUCUACCGCGAAGACGACAAACCCUUCUACCGCAGAGGAAACAAAGUCCUCCUCGGGAUCGUGGCGUGGAACAUUGUGAUGACAGUCUUCAUCAAGGUGUACUACAUCUGGCGCAACAAGUCACGCGACCGGAAGUGGAAUGCGAUGAGUUCGGAGGAGAAGGAUCAUUAUCUGCGGACGACAAAGGAUGAGGGAAACAAGAGGUUGGACUUUCGGUUUGCGCAUUAG